ACAAAGGUGGUUCAUGUCACGAGGAGCCCCCAGAAGGUCUUAGGGGUACCCCUCAUUCUCUGAUCAAACAUCAAAGGAAAAGAAAAAAAAUACAAGAAGAGUGAAUACAACUCAGAUUGUAUUUCCAAAUUUUCCUUUGUUGUUUAGAUCAUAAACUCGUAGUUCUUCGAAACCAUAUAUUAACAAUAUGGAGAAGAAGAACACCCCCAUCAUUGUAGGUGCUGUAGUUCUAGUGACAGUUGUUAUAGCUUCACUAGUGGUGGUCACACAAACGCCCAAGAUAGAACCUGCUAAAUCCAAUUCAAUAAAGAUGGCAAUGGAUGUGGUCUGCGGUGUCACAGAUUUCCAGGAUAUAUGCAAGAACAGACUGACUGCUGCCGGUGGCAAAAAUGACCACCAUCCCAAAGAUCUCAUCAAGCUAGGGUUCCAUGUAGCCAAGAAGGAGCUUGAAGACGUAAUGUCCGGAAUCCACACUUUUAUAAACGACUUUAAGAAGCCUGGAGUCCCUGAAGCUGUCAGGAUGUGUAGAGAGCUCUUGAAUGACGCAAUUAGUGAUAUCGAAGACUCUUACAACAGGCUUAAUAGCUGCUCUACUGUUGACAAGAAAGAUGUAGAUGUUUUGCUUUCAGACCUCCAGACAUGGCUCAGUGGUGCCAUCACCUACCAACAGACUUGCUUGGACGCCUUCACCGGGAAGGAAGGAGAGGCGAUGAAGGAGCGCUUGAAGACAUCGGACGAGCUGGCCAGCAAUGGCCUUGCAAUGGUCACCAAGCUCUCCUCCAUUUUUGAAGACCCCAGUUUUUCCGAAAUACCAUCCCAAGUAGUAUUUGGCGGGAGGAAACACAUAGAAGAACAUGAGAGUUCCCACGAGUUCCCUUCAUGGGUCGACCACACCACACGCAAGCUCAUCCAGGCUACUCCGGGAAAGAUCAAACCUAAUGUUGUGGUGGCGCAGGAUGGAUCAGGGAAGUAUCAGACCAUUAAUGAAGCCAUAAAGGAUAUCCCUUUGAAGAAAGGUGCCGUACCUGCCGGCCCCUUUGUCAUCCAUAUCAAGGCUGGUGUUUAUAAGGAGAGAUUGAAUUUCACAAAACAAAUGAGUGGUGUUGUUCUCAUUGGCGACGGCCCAACCAAAACCAAGAUCACCGAAAGCAAAAGCUUUGCUGGUGAUGGUAUGCAGACAUAUGAAACUGCAACAGUUGGUGCAAGUGGGGAACGAUUCAUUUUCAAGGACCUUGCAAUUGAGAACAAUGCCGGACCUGACGGACAUCAAGCCGUGGCACUUCGUAUAACUUCUGACAGGUCAGUCAUCUACAACUGCCUAAUCGAAGGUUUCCAGGACACCCUCUACGCUCAUAACCACCGCCAGUUCUACCGCGACUGCACCAUUUCUGGUACCGUGGACUUCGUAAUGGGCGACGCCAAAGCUGUCUUCCAGAACUGCAAGAUGCUGAUCAGGAUGCCAAACAAAAACCUAGCAUUUGUCACAGCCCAGUCACGCAAAGGUCCUGACCUGAAAUCCGGCUUCGUCCUUCAGAACUGCACCAUCACCGCGGAACCAGAAUUAGCCAAGGCUGGGAAUAAGGUGAGGGCGUACCUCGGACGGCCGUGGAUGCCAUACGCCAAGGUGCUUAUCAUGAAUUCUCAGAUUGAUGCUGUGAUACACCCAGAUGGGUGGUUUCCAUGGAAUAACAAUACCGAAACUCUCAACACACUCUGGUAUGCUGAGCUGAACAAUAAAGGUCCCGGUGCCGACACGAGUAAGAGAGUGACAUGGAAAGGGAUCAAGAAGAUUACUCCAGAAGAAGCUGAACAGUAUUCUGUUAGCAAAUUCAUCAUGGGUGAUUCUUGGAUCCCUUCCACCGGAGUGCCCUACCAGCCUGGUGUUGGUCCAAUGGCCACGACCCCUGGCACGACCAAGAGUACUGGUGUUACCCCAACGGCCUCCACCCCUGAGGACUCAACCCCUGUAACACCUACCACGAUGAAGAGUACUGAUGUUAGCCCAAAGGUCUCGACCCCUGUCACACCUGUAAAGACGAAGAGUACUUAGGUGCUUAUACCUACUACUAGUUAAUACUACAUGCAUGUACUAAUUAAUUAAUACCAAUUAAUUAGUACUACAUGCAUGUAUUUUGUGUCGAUCGUCCUCGAGGUUUAUAUAUGAUCUCAAUAUAAACACGCACGUAUUUUUCAUUUUAUCCUA